UGGGUCACGGUUGGAGAAAGCCCAGAAUCGAGCAGCUCCAAUGGGAUAGCCGUAUAAAACCCUAAACCCUGCAACGCGGCUUCUUCUUCCCUCGAACCUGGUAAACCCUAAACCCCCCUGUUGACGUCUGUGUUCAAGAUUUUGAGAAUCUUGGAAUAUGAAUUUUAACAAUAUCAAGGUUCCCAAGGUGCCUAGUGGUGGUGCGGCUUCUGCUUUGGUGAAGAUUGGAAUUAUUGGUGGGCUUGGAUUAUAUGCAGCUUCCAACAGUCUCUACAAUGUUGAGGGAGGACAUCGGGCCAUUGUGUUUAACCGUCUAGUUGGAGUUAAAGAUAAGGUUUAUCCUGAAGGAACACAUCUCAUCAUUCCUUGGUUUGAGAGGCCAAUUAUAUACGAUGUCCGUGCACGACCCAAUCUUGUGGAGAGUAGUUCUGGAAGCCGAGACCUCCAGAUGGUGAAAAUCGGUCUUCGUGUUCUUACCCGUCCAUUACCAAAUGAGUUACCUACAUUGUAUAGAACACUUGGUGAAAAUUAUAAUGAAAGGGUUCUGCCUUCAAUUAUACAUGAAACUCUGAAAUCUGUAGUCGCGCAGUAUAAUGCCAGCCAACUUCUCACACAAAGAGAGGCUGUAAGUAGAGAAAUCCGAAAGACAUUGACUGAGAGGGCAGCUCAGUUCAAUAUCGCUCUUGACGAUGUGUCCAUAACAAGUUUAACUUUUGGAAGGGAGUUCACAGCUGCAAUUGAAGCCAAACAAGUGGCUGCCCAAGAAGCCGAAAGAGCUAAAUUCGUUGUCGAGAAGGCCGAACAGGACAAGAGAAGUGCUAUAAUCAGAGCACAGGGAGAAGCCACAAGUGGGCAGCUCAUAGGCCAAGCUGUUGCCAAUAACCCGGCGUUUAUGACUCUGAGGAAGAUCGAAGCAGCAAGAGAGAUCGCUCAUACGAUUGCGAACUCAUCCAACAAAGUUUUCCUCAAUUCAGAUGAUCUGUUGCUGAACCUUCAGGAGAUGAACUUGGAGCCUGCUGGGAAGAAGUAAAUUCCCUCACCCAUUCAAAACAAAACUCACAGGUCAUUCAUUCUCUCUCGUUUCUUUGAUUAAUUGUGAAUGUUGAAUCAUUUACGUGGAAGACUGAGUUAAUUUGUAAACAAAAUGGAAUGGUUUAGUAUCAUCUCUUCAUGAACAACCUGAGCCUUGCUUAGAUGGCUGCUGCCAAUUCUGUUCCACUUGAGAUAGUUUUUAUAAUAAUUUUGGUAUCAUUUGAACUGUUUAA